UUUCACACAGCUAAUCUUAUGUUGAUGGGCGGAGGAGCCUAUAUUAAUAGUACUGCGCUUCCCGUGGGUUGUUGUGCACGAGAACACGUGAGGUGAGGAGGACGACGACAAAGCAGCUCCCAGCCAUGCCUCCAGUUCCUCAAACGCUUGCCCAGUUCCAGGCGCUUGACAAUGAGGACAAACGCAAAGUGAAAGGUGAUUUACUAACAAAAUACAAUGGUGAAUUUUGCAAUACUCUUUCGCCGGAUAUUGUAAACUAUCUUAACAUGGAUCCUUCUCAUGUGGAAUUAGUGCAGAAUGCCGCAAAACAAGACAAUGACUUCAAAGCAGUUUCUCUGAUGCUUCGAAAAUUGACACGAACAGACAAGCCCUGGUGGAAGACCUUUGAAAAAGCGCUGCAGCAUAAAGGAUAUGAAGAACUUUAUCUUUUGCUCAAUCCCUGGGAGAUACAGUGUAAUAACACCGCCGCUUCGCCCAGCCGCGCGGCUUAUACGCGGCGACAUACUGGUGUGGCAAUGUCGACGAACACCGUGCGGCCUUACUCAAGCGCCACUCACCUGGACAGCACGAGAGGGAUCGCGCCUCACCUGGAGCAGCUCGACGACUGGCGGAGUCUGGCGGACGCCGUGGGGUUCGGUCUAGGAAAGCAACGUAUGUUGCAGAACGCAGCAGAGUCCGGCAAAGGAAGAUCCACUACCUUCUUCCUCGAUGCACUAUGCGAAACUUUUGGACCUGAAGCUACAGUCGGCAAACUGACCAGUGCCCUUCUAAGUCUUGGCGUGGAAGGGCAGACGAUUGUCAGCAAGAUGGAGCGGUCAGGGCUGAUAGAGACUGUGGACAGGCCUUCAGAUGGAAGCGGAGCUGGGGGUGCAAUCAGUGACGAGGAGGGAUGCUGCGGCGGCACGAGCACAGGCACGGCUUCGGCUCCUCUGUCGUGCAUGCUUCGUUCUUCCCAGCGUGGAGCUUCGUACAACUCUGAUUUGUCUGCUGCUGAUGGAGAGCGAUUACCUAGAAAUGUAUUUGCCGAACCCCCCAAAGUAGCGCAAACACAAGAAACGCCCACCAGCGAGCCUACUGAAUGCUCAGACACAACAGCAACAAUGGCCUCUGACGGGGCUCUUAGGAUGUCAUCUGCGGUAAGAAAUAACUCAGAAGACCCAGAAGAAUUCGAGUCUAUCACAGACAACGCUGCGGCAAAGCCAGACGCUGAAUCUGUCUAUAACAACAUUCCUGAGGAAAAAGUUAACAACUUGGAGAAAGUUGAGUUGGCUAAAGAUAUCCAGAACGAUAAACCGGUCCCUUCUGACAAUAUAGUGAUUCACCUUUCUCGCCCCACACCGGCGAUUUACAAAAAAUCACAGAAACUGAGCUCUGGUCUCGCUACAGCUGUUGCUGAUCAAGAAGAGCAGUUAAUAAAAGCCAAUUCCAAACUUCGUAUCAGCCAGAGUGAGAAAGGAAGAGACGACGUGUCUUCAUGCGAAACCAACGAGUUAACACCUUGCGAGCUGCCUUCAGAAGACUGCGGCCAAGAUGGUCCACAUUCUGAACCCGAGCGAGACGAGUGCGCCAGUGGCUUUGGUGAAGAGGAUAAUCAUCGGCACUCUUGUGGCGAUGGCCAGCAUCUGAGGGCUUCAGUUGCCGACACCCUGCACUGUACAGAGCCAUGUAAAGAGCUAGAGCCAGCUUCAUUCUGUUCCCGCUGCUCCGCUAACGACAUCGCUGAAAACAAAGGGCAGAGGACCGGGGCUGAGAAAGAAACUCUUGUUGUCAUUCAGAUUGGAGAGAACAAUUCAUUCCAAAAUGACUGCAAAAAAACAAGGAGUCGUAAAACAAUUUUCGUGCGAGAAGGUGGAACCUGUAACGUAGAAAACGAAGACAACGCUGCAUCGAAUGACGAGAGGGAACCGGAAACCAUCUCAUCGCCUGGUUCAUUCUUACAACGUGAGGACAGCUUUCCUCUGACCUCAGCACUAGACAACGAGGAAAAAAGAACCUCGCCAGCGCCUCAGUCCACUCUCGACUUGUCGGACCAGCCCGGGCCCUGGGAGAAGGAAAAACACGAAACGUGUUUAAAGCAAGUGUUGCUGGGAAGCAGCGACAGGAAAUCGCCGAAACUACCAGCAGCUGCCGCGCAGCGACCCGAGAGGGUGUUCCGGAGCAAAGCGGUACCUGUAUGUAUGAAGGCCAGGCGAGGUCGUUAGAAGAUCCAGAACUCAUGCCAAAGGAGGCAGCGGAUGGGCACAAACCUGGAUCUGUGUCUGCUGUACCUCUUGCUGCUGCAGGGAACGAGGAACUGAACUCUGAGACUCAGGCGGGUAGCGCAGAGCCACAAACCAAUGUGAACAUGGAGGCGGGUCAGAUGCAAGACAUACGCCCAGGACACCCGGAAGAGAGACGCAGUAUGUUCCAGUGGUUUCAGAGGCAGGUCUUAAAUUUGAUGGACACAUUGGGAGAGCUGGAGUGAAGGGCUGUAUGUUGUAUUAGUAAUAAUAGUCUUUUAAGACUUUAGUUGUCUCGCUGCUAUGGCAACGGUCCAUUAGCACGAACAUAAAACCCUCUUACUGGCCUUAUAGUGGUGUUUAGUGCUGUUAAGUUUAGACUCAUACACAUCUGGUCUCCACCAAAGAAAAUCAUGAUUUGAGAUAAACUAAAUGACAGUUCAGUGUUCCAUUCCCCUGUGAGCAGCUUUGAGCUUAACUUUUAUAUUUCAUUCUUGGUAUUUUGAUUAGAUCUCAGAAAAGUGUUUGCUGUGGUUUGACUUUCAUGUAACAAAGGUGAUAUUCUUCGCUUGACAUACAUAAGCAGAGAAUGGCAGAGACAAAAAGAAAGAGAAAGACGGACUGAAAAAGUUUCAGAUUUCCAGUCCGUGAUGAAUGGAGGGAAAAAGGUGGUGACAUGGACAACAUGUUGAUUGACCCUCAGGCUGUUGUUAUAUAAUGGAAUAACUCGUGGAAAUCACUUAGAACAAUAUACUUUUUCUUUCUUCAUUCACUAUGGUUUUUCUCCAUCUUACAGAUGAAUGAAUGAAGGAACAGUGAUUUGUGCAUGUAUUUCGUUUUGUGGUUUCCUGCUUACAGAUACACAGAAGCUACAGAGCAAAUCGGUCAAAGACUUCACAUACUGUCUUAUUAUCUUCCUUUGUUAGUUGCCUUAUAACGAUUCUGCCAUAUGUAUUAAAAGUAUCUGAAAAUGAAAUUAUGAAUCUUGGCAUUCAUAGUGUAUGUAGCAAUAAUGAUACGCAUUAGCAUUAGCAGUUCUUCAUUUUUUUAAACAGUGUUUGAAAAACAUUAUAGUCUGUUUGUAUGUAUCGUGAAACUAAUCUAUAUUGAUAUUUCCAUUUAGUGAUGUGAUCUCUAUUGAAUAAUCCGUACUGAUGUAAUGAUCCGCGUAACAGGUGCAAAUAAUGGCCCAGUUUCUAAGCUGUACCUUGUACAAGUUGUCACUGAAAGGUUUCAUAAACUGCAAGGCCUAAGUUUAACUUGUAAUAACGCAUGCUGUCUAGUUUCAUGGGUUUCCCCAUAUGUUCUUCGCUCUUUAACUGUAUCACUGGCUUAACUUUAACUCAUAAUCACCUGACUCGGGUUGACUGGUACGUUUGAUUCUUCUAGCUGGCACAGUUUGAAAUAAAAAAAAUGAGUUUUGA